UUAUUUUCUAAUUUUCCCCACAAAUUUUUAUUGAACUUUUCUUUUUCUUGCAAUAGGUAGAGGGAGAGGGAAAGAGAAAGAGAAACUAAAAAUAAAAAUUGAAGAAAAAUGAUAAUGGAAGUAAAGGGAGGAGGAAUAUUGGAAAUGGUGGUUCCAUUUUUAGCUAUGGUCACCAUGGAGGGUUGCACAAUUGCAUUAACAAUAUUGGCUAAAACAGCCAUUACUUAUGGAAUGUCUACUUUUGUUUUUGUUGUUUAUACAAAUGCUGUUGCUUCCAUCAUUCUUCUUCCUUAUUCCUUCAUCUUUCAUUACAAUCAAAGAUUGGAAUUUCAACAAUCUUUGUUUUCCUUUCCUCUUCUCCUUCGAGUUUUCCUCUUGGGUUUAACUGGGAUAUGUAUAUCUCAAAACCUAGCAUUUUUGGGCCUAAGUUACAGCUCUCCCAUUGUUGUAUGUGCAAUGGGUCUUAUGCUUCCGGCCAUUUCCUUCCUACUCUCAAUCCUUCUCGGGAAGACAAAAAUGGAGUGGAAAAAUCCCAACUUCAUAACAAAAGUGGUUGGGACAGUUAUUUCAGUUGUAGGAGCAACAUGCGAAGAAGUUUACCUAGGCCCAACUGUACGGCAACAUCCAUCUUCUUCGACACAUUUACAGUUUAAACAGAAGCUUUUGGUGUUUACUUCAACCACAGAUCGUUGGAUUUUUGGUGGCCUUUUAUUAGCAGCUGCUACAUUAUGUGUCUCUAUAUGGAACAUUAUUCAGUUGGGAGUUGUAAAACAGUACUCGCAAGUGAUGAAAGUUGGCUCAUUUUAUAGUAUAGUGGGCACAUUUAUGUCAGCAAUUGUGGCUUACUUUGUUGUCAAUGAUUCAAGUGCAUGGACAGUCAAAUCUAGCUUCGACCUCUAUCUCAUCAUUGCAACUGGAACUUUUAGCGGUUUGAUUCGAAAUCGAGUGCAAAUAUGGUGCAUGCAAAAGAAAGGGCCGUAUUAUGUGCCCAUGUUUAAGCCUUUUGGUAUUCUGUUUGCUACCUUCUUUGGUGCCACCUUCUUUGGCGACACUUUUCACUACGGAAGUGUGAUGGCAGCAUUUAUAGCUGGAAUGGGGUAUUUAACAGUAAUGUGGGGGCAAAUUAACGAAGAUCGUGGAGUAGGAAAAGACAAAGAUAUUAACAAGAACAAUGAUGAUUCAUUGUCUUCAGCCAAAGUUCCACUUCUUGAUGAUGAAGAAUCAAAUGUGUAAAAACUUGAAAUAUAUCCAAAAAAUUAUGAUCAGAAAACAACUAUUUUUGAAUGAAAUUCUGAUCAAGUUUAAGAAUCUUUCAAUCUUUGGAGUUGAGAGAGCAACUGUGUAUAUUGUCAUUUUCCUGCAUGUGUUUUAGUUAAAUGGGAUCCUUCCUUUUGUUUUAUGAAUAUGUAACGCUAUGAUCGUUUCAUAUAAAUUGUGUCGUCCUUCAUCCGAUCCCA